UAGCGCUACGUUAAAGAUGUAGCGCUUAUAGAUAUUUACUACGUUUCCUAGGGACAAUGUCCUCAGCUAAAGACGGUCAAAUUCAAGUUACUUUCAAGGGAGUUUCCCUCGCUAAUGAGGAUUUUAAUUUUGUACCACAACCUCCCUUUGUUGUAAAUCCUCGCACGACUUUUUAUCGCUUCUGGGAAGCCGGUAGCGCCAUUUGCAUUUUCUUGACUUGUCUAUUAGUGCCUUUCCAGGCGAGCUUCGAUGCUCGAGAUGUGAGUCUUUGGGUUUUCGUUUACAUCUUUGAUGUGCUGUUUCUCGCCGAUGUGUUGCUUACAUUUCGGGUUGGGUACUACAACAAAGGAGCUCUUGUCACAGACAAAUCAUCGGUUACCCGACGCUAUCUUCGUACAAAGUUUAUACCUGACUUUCUAACUUUAAUUCCCUUGGAUCUGCUCGUGUUUGGAGUUCAGAAAGAUCUUGGAUGGUAUCAGUUGCUGACUUUGCUGAGGCUCAACCGGAUUUUAAGGGUUUACAGGCUGGUUUCAUUUUUUGGGGCAAGAGAAAAUGAGUUGGGAACAAACACAACACUGAUCCGGGCAUUGAAAUAUGCUGCUAUUGGUACGAUUACGAUCCACGCAAUGUCCUGCGUGUGGUAUUCAUUGGCUUGCGCCAAUGAGGGAGCAACGGCUGAGAAUCAGAUAAAAAAUGUUACGCCGUGUGACCCUGACAGCUGGGCAAUAGCACUUAGCACAGGAAUUGAAUCCGUUGACGUUUGGAAGAGAUAUGUCCUGUCUCUUUACUGGGCUACUGCAACUGCUACCUCUACAGGUUACGGAGAUCUGCACGCCGAAACCAUAGGCGAGAAAUGGUUUUCCAUAAUCGCUAUGCUUACUGGAAUUGGAUUAUUCUUUGGGCUUAUUUUCGGUGGAAUGGCUUCCAUGUUAACCAACCUGGAUUCACGGCGAAUGAGAUAUACACAUCACUUCGAUGUCAUCAAAGAUCAUUUGGUGGACAUGAAGAUCUCGGCUGACAUAAGGUCUAGAGUUCUGGCUUAUUACGAGUAUCUGUGGACUCACAAUAGAGGCGAAAGAGGAGACGGAAUGUUUAGUGACCUACCGCUGACCUUUCAAGCUGAAUUGUCUCUUAGUAUAAACAAAAAGGUUUUGGAGAAGGCUCCACUGUUUAGAGGUCUCAACCCUGGAUUUCGUCGCAUGCUCUCUCUUGUGAUACGGCCAGUGUUUUACAUGCCAAACCAAAUCAUAGCCAACAAAGGAGAUAUUGGACAUCACAUGUUUUACAUACACCGAGGCCGGGCAGAAAUUCUGUGUGAAAACGGAAAUGAAGUUUUCGUGACUCUUAAGGAAGGAAAACUUUUUGGUGAAGUGAGUAUGGUGUACAAUCUCCCAAGAUCUGCCUCAGUUCGCGCCGCUACGCCCUGUAUAGUUUUCCUCCUUGACAGAGUUGAUCUUAACAGAGUGCUUAGACAUUACCCCACCGUGGCGGAACAGCUGUAUAUAGCCCUCGAACAUAGAUGUGAUCUGAAAAAUAUUGGAUCGUUAGUCACGGAAGCCGGAAGCAAAAAAGAAGAUUUUUUGGAAAUGGAAAAUGAAAAAGCUAAAGCAUGGCUACGACAAAGUGUGGGAUUUCAAGAGGAUACGUCGAACAAAGACAGCCUUUUAACGAGGUUUUCUCGCUACGUCAUCAUGCCCGAUUCCUGGUUCGCGGUGAUCUGGGAGCGAGUUCUUCUGUCUGUGCUCCUGUUCAUCUGUUUCAUGUACACCUUCGUUGCCUCGUUUUCAAUCAGUUUGCACGCUCUUGGUUUCGGAGAAAGUGUAGGAAGUAAAGUGCUGAUGGCUUUUACGUACCUACUGGACGCUGUUUUGGUAACUGAUUUUAUAAUGAGAUUCAACUUGGCGUCUGGGACCACAACAGAAAUUAAGGAUAUUCGAAAGUGUUACAGAAAGAGUCUGUUGUUUUGGAUCGAUUUACUCGCUAUCCUUCCUAUUGAGAUCAUGGCCCUUCUACAAGAACGUCAUCACGAGAAAUGGCAUCUCUUGGCAAUCCUGCGCCUAAAUCGGCUCAUUAAAGCUGUUAGGUUUGAAAGCGGUUGGAGACAUGAUUACGAUUGUGAACCAGAUCGAUGGUUGAUCGAUCGAUGCUCGCCGUUGUUUUCUGAGCCUGAAAUUCUUAUCGCUUGCUUCCAACCACCGUAG